AUGGACGUUUCCUGGCUCCUUCCGGCCGGAGGGAGGCAGGCAGGCCGGCUGGAAAGUGGGCUUGGGGGCAGGGGGGCCUUAGGGUGGACGGAGGGCCCCAGGGGGGAGGGGGUCCUCGGUUGCUCAGGGGCCUUACGGGGCCCUCCCGCUUUCUGCCCUGUGGGAUGCCCAGUGGUGACAGCUGCCCAGGCCAAGAACCUGAUUGACGCUGGCGUGGAUGCCCUGCGCGUGGGCAUGGGCUGCGGGUCGAUCUGCAUCACGCAGGAAGAGCGGCUGCCUGGGCUUCCCUGGCUGCAGCCCCUGGCUCUCUGGGGCGGCCGAGGGCCGGUCCAGACCCUCGCUGGGCCCUUCCUGCCCAUGACUCUCCCUCCCUCAGUGAUGGCGUGCGGCCGGCCUCAGGGCACCGCGGUCUACAAAGUGGCAGAGUAUGCCCGCCGGUUUGGGGUUCCUGUGAUCGCAGAUGGUGGCAUCCAGACGGUCGGCCACGUGGUGAAGGCGCUCUCGCUGGGGGCCUCCACAGUCAUGAUGGGCUCCUUGCUGGCGGCCACCACGGAGGCCCCCGGGGAGUAUUUCUUCUCCGACGGCGUGCGGCUGAAGAAGUAUCGGGGGAUGGGCUCCCUGGACGCCAUGGAGAAGAACCGCGGCAGCCAGAAACGCUACUUCAGCGAGGGGGACAAGGUGAAGGUAGCGCAGGGCGUUUCCGGCUCCAUCCAGGACAAGGGCUCCAUCCACAAGUUCGUGCCAUACCUGAUUGCUGGCAUCCAGCACGGCUGCCAGGACAUUGGCGCCAGAAGCCUCUCCGUACUGCGGUGAGU